UAUGAAUACAAUUUUGCUUUUCUAAUUUUAUUUGCUUAUAAAAUUUAAACCAUAUGUUAGAGAAUACUUUAAUGAUUUAUAGAGAAUAUCUACAUUUAUAUAUACUUUAUCUUUGAAUUUGUGCUUUUUAUAGAUAAUUAAUGAUCAAAAUGGCUAUGAGAAUUAAAAUGCUUGGAUAUUUUUAGUUUUCGUUAUUAAUCUUAUUUAUAUAUUUAUUCUAGUAUUAGGCCUAUUAAGAUUAAAUAUACCUAUAGAAAGAAGGGAUAGAAAUUGCUUUUAAAAUAUAAUAUUUAAAAUUUAUAAUAAAUAUCCUUAAUUAUUUGAUAUUAAAAUAUAAAAUAAAUAAAAGAUAAGAAUACUUUUUAAGGUAAGAGAAAUAAAAUAAAAAAUUAGAUAGAUGAUAAGAUAUCAACAAAAUUUUGAUUUUUAAGAAUCUCUUCAAAAACACUUUAACUAGAAUAAUUUACAAAAUAUAAAUUUAUCCCCAAAAUCUAUCAAAUUAACUUAAACAAUCUCUUCUGAACCUGAUGAAAAGUAAAACAUUUUUAAAGGCAAAAAUUCUUUUAAGAAGAUGAGAAAUAAAUGGCCUUACUAUUCUAGAAACCCUAAACUCAACUAAAUAUAGCUCAAAGAUCUGACUCCUAAUAACAUGUCAUCUUCUCAAAACACUUAUUUUACUGGUGAUUAUAUUGUUGAAGCUGAGACUCCAAUAUAUAAUAAAGAUAUAUUAAAAACUUAAAAUUGA